GGAUGAGGUAUGUGGCUUGAGAGCAUAUUUAAGGCGACCCCUCACACCGCUUCUGUCAACACACUCGUCUUCCUUUGACACUCACUGGUCUCCUCCCAGAUCACUUCUAUCACCAAGAGCAGCAUCUGUGUCGUCUCGACCCGAAAGAAGAAACCAACAAUGUCCGGCAUCAUGAAAGUGCUCCUGCUCCUGGCUGCCUCGGUCUGCAUCUCUACAGCCCUGCUCAACGAAUCUGGUCAGAACUGUCUGUGUCAGCGUACCUAUAAUUCCACUGACGGGUCGGAUUUAAAGGACAUCCAGAUCUACCCGGCAACCAUCUUCUGUGACAAAGUGGAGAUUGUUGUCACCACCGGCGCAGGCCAUCGCUACUGCUUGAACCACAGGGCGAAGGCAGUGAAAGCCAUCGUGAUUCGGAUCCUAAGGAGCAAGAGAAACGCCAUCACCCCCCCCCAGUCCAGCUGAUUUCCCUUCCAACAGCUACAUGUGGCUCUGUUUCACUCCUUGGAUAAACAUAUGACCUCUGACCACCUCACGAAGGCACCUUUAUUGAAUGUAGACGUGAAAUGAAAUCAACUUUUUGUUUAUUUAUCU